CAGUGUUACUUCCCUUGCAGUACAGUAAUCACUGCCACCACAAGAUUUUCAUCCAAAAUUGGAUGAAAACUUUUAAUGGCAUUUUUUUAAUCAUAUAUAUUUAUUCUUAUAUCCUUUCUUAAAUAAUUACUUUACGCCAGUUGAUAGGCAUAAUAUGUUUUAUAAAAAAAUAACAAUUAAAAAAAACAUUCGGAAAUGUUCGGUCUUUUUUCAAAUUGAAAGUAGGAUUUACAAAUUACAAUAUCAACAUGGAUGUGUUGUUAGCUAUUCAGACAUGUAUCGAACGUUUUGAACCAGGAUUGCAAGCAAAACCAAAACAAAUCGAAUGUUGGCGGCAUGUUCUUGCAGAGGAAGACACAAUCGUGAGUUUGCCAGUCGGAUAUGGCAAAAGUCUUUUGCAAUCACGUGCCGUUUUAUCUAUCAUCACGUGAUAUUUGUGAAGGCAGUGAUUACUGUACUGCAAGGGAAGUAACACUGCGCGGAGUUUGGACAAUUAGAAGACAAACGAAGACUUUGAGUUGCAGCCAACAGUUGAAAAAUAGAAAUCUUGAUACUUUUAAGACUACAAUCUGUAUACUAAAUACCAUUUUUGGAAAAGGUUACAGGAAACCCCCAGAGAAGUAACACACCCAAAGGUUGAUGCUGACAUCUCCAUUGUCUUUCGUACCCUCAACACGGUACAGCAACUCCGUGAAGUCAAUUUUGAUAGACAGUGCCCUUGUUCGUGUGCCUGCAUUGUUCAUAAUCCUAAGGCAUCAUCAUGGGAAAAACAAAUGCAAACACAGCGAUUGGUGGAAAGAGAAAACUAGGACAGUCUUCACAACCUCUAGGAAAGAACAGCAGAAUGGCUACUUUACUAGCAGGGGCUAUAACUAAAGACAAGAGUGUGCUGGCGGAGCUCGGGAAGCUUAUAUCGACAACUAAAGCUGACGAAGCAUUCUUGAGGCAGCUGAAAUCGGAUAUGGCAUCAACAUCUGCAGCAGGCAACAUCCUUAACACGAAGAUAUGUAUUUACCUCUUGAAGAGUCGGUGCGUGUACGGGGCACAAUGUUCGGAUAUCCACUGUGAAUUACCAUACCAGUGGAUAUACAAGUUUGAUGACAGUCCUAACUGGGAAACAGUCCAUCCCCAGAAAAACGAAUAUAUUGAACUGCAAUACAGCGAUCCAAAUAACGAUGAAUACGUCAUUAUAAUUAUUAAUGGCGUGUCGGUGCAACUGAAUUUCAAGACCAUGAAAGCACAGGAUGGAGACAAGCAACUAACAUUCCUUCGGUUGUCAACAGAGACGUCGGCCAUUUUGGAUACACAACCCUUAGCAACCAGUUGGGAGUGGUUCUGGAAGGAUCCGAUGGGUGAUUGGAAGAAAUAUGGUGAUGAUGCAUAUGGAUUCCGUUCCAAAAUCUCGAGCCAGGACAUAGAACAAGCUUACAUCUCAAACCCUGAUGGCCAGCUUCAGUUUAGUACUCAAGGGAAUGUGUAUGUACUAGACUUUGUAAGAAUGUUGCAGUGUAACCUUAUCUUCAAGACCGAGCGAGAAGUAUCAAGGCGACCAAAGUUCGUUUCAAACCAUGAGUUAGAAAGUCGCAAGAAACAACAAGAAAUACAGAAGCCUGCAGAAGCUGCUACAUCAGAGUUUGUUCCUGUCGCUCCGCCACACUGGAAUCUGAGACCGACUGAUGAACUGUUGAGCCAUUGUAGGCUCGUUCCACUGGAAGAACGGAAUCCAAGUAUGAAGACUGAGUACAAAAAGAUUGAAAGCAUGUUUUCUAAAACCAUGCCUAAAACCGUGACUAUUGUGUCGAUCUCCAGGGUGGAAAAUGGUGACCUUUGGCAUAACUAUCUGAGUAAAAAAGCUAAACUGAAGAAGAGGAACAAGGGCGUAGAUGUGGAGGAGAGACAACUCUUCCACGGUACCAAGAGUGACACCGUGGAGGCCAUCUACAGACAAGGGUUUGACUUCAGGUUGAGUGGAACUGCAUCAGGUACAGCUUAUGGGAAAGGCAGCUACUUCGCAACCACUGCAUCUUACUCUGACUAUUACUCGGACGUUCAGAACGGAACCAUGCCGAUGUUCAUUGCAAAGGUACUAGUGGGAGAUUACACAACGGGACACGAAUCGUACACCAGACCCCCACAGAAAGAUCCCCGUGAUAUGGCCAGUCCGUUGUAUGACUCUUGCGUUGAUAUUGUUACAAAUCCAAAUAUUUUUGUUAUCUUUGAACUGUGUCAGGUGUAUCCAGAGUACUUGAUAAGAUACAAGUAUAAUUUUUGAGUAAAAAAAAUGUUUCAUAGAAUCGUAUUUUGAGUAUUUAUUUUAUAUUUAUCACAUAUUUUAUCAAAUCUCAAAUAAGAUUCUCUUCAUGAUAUUUUUACAGUUAUAGAUUUGUGUAAGUGGUGUUUAUUUGAUUGUUUUAAGUUCAUUAUAGUUUGGGUCGUGACGUGCGCCUCUAAACGUGGUCUUUUUUUUUAAUUUUUUCAUUGUUUUAAUGUUUAUGUUUUUGUCUCGACAAUAGACUGUAUAAUACGGGUCCAUCUUUUGUUGACUUUUUGUUAAGAUUUUAGUAGUACUUCAUAGUAUAUAUGAGUUACAUUAGAUAAAGUGUGAGUGACAACAAGCAGAAGUUGAUGAAAUUAUAAUCAAUAUGACAUCAAAGUUUUCUAUGAAUGAAAAAAAUAAAGCUGCACUCUUACUCCCAAAUAAGCAGUACCGCAAUAAAUACAUUUGUUUUAAUUUUCCAAAUUUACCGAUUUAUUGAAAACAAUGUUAAUUAUGAAGGAAACAGUGUUUGAUAUAUACGAAAGGUGCAGAAAACACGGUAUUUUCACCUUAUGAAAUGAUAUACUUUCAAAUUGCCUGCCAUCUUCCGACCGUAUUUGGAAAAUGCUCAAUUGCAUAAUGUAUGCCAACCAGAAAUUACAAAGCGAAACGACAACACACACGAAACAUACAAAGCAAAAAGAAAGACAUUGAUACAUCGCCACGAUCGUCGGUAUAUAUGUUUUUGUAUGUUUCUUUGUAUUUAUGCAGUUUAUAUAAAGAUGUUAGAAUUUGCGUUGUUAUUUCCAAAUAUUACGUUGACUUUCCUAUCUUACUUCGAAAUCAGCUUUCAGCGAACACAAUUUUAGAGACGUCAUAUCUAAAAUGACGUUAUGUUUGCAUACAGUUUGGAUUGUUUUUCUGCAAAACUUCAUGUAAAUGUCAUUUCCCAGUCUUUUUAGACAUGGUAUAUCAAGAAUAAUUGUUGGUUUCAGUGUAAUAUUGGAAUGCAUUUAAACUCCUGAUCACCAAAAAAAAUAAAAUUAUCGCAUGUGAAUAUUCUUUCUAAUGAUAUGAUAUUUCACUGGUUCAAAGAGUGAUAUUACAUUUUGAUAUUUUUCACUGUUUUGAAAUUUUAGCCCGCUCUUAAUUCUAAAUCAAACAUCAGCGGGUACAGGGCAGGGAAAAAACAAUGACAUCCUUUUCAUAUGAUGUUAUGUUCGCAUCUCAUGGAGCGUUUUGCUGAAAAACUACAAAAACUGUCAUUUAAAAUCCUUCUGAACAUAAAAUAAAAUUGAAAAAUUGUUUGUGUUUGUUACAGUGUUUUAUCACAUGUAUAUUUCAUCUCGUGAACACCAAAGGUAAUCGUGUCUAAGCCACUCAUGAAAUAUAGCUUUUGGUGCUCACUCGGUGAAAUAUAUUACGGUUUUACAUUGAAACAAACAAUUAACCUCUAUAUCAUUCGUAGCUAAGCUGCUCGUAAAAUAUAACUUUUGGUGGUUACUCGGUGAUAUAUGUUAUGAUCUUACACUGAAAGAAACAAUAAUCCUCUAUUUGUUUGUAUGUGAAAUAAAUUUUAAAUGGUGUCUAACUGGUGUCCAACAUAGAAUUUCAACUUAGUAACUGUGAGACUUAUUUUAACUUGUUGCUGUUCAAUUAUUUAUGUUAUAGCCUUGUGUGUAUAGCAAAUAAUAUGUAAUUAUGCAAUAUUUAUAAAAUUAUACAAAUGGCAAUGAAUAUAUCAUAUAUUAUUUAUUUUUUCAUUAUAUUGAGACAUUGUAAAAAGCAACGCAUAUCAGUAACAAAACGUAUGUGUUCAAUUGAUUCAGCCAUAGCCUGUUUUUUAAAGACAGGUACACAAAUAGCUCCAUGUAAAUUCAGGUACACUUUACAAUACCAGGUAUACGCCACAUAUAUCAUUGAUUUCGUCCUAUUGUAUAAUACAAGAUUUGCAUAUAACACCAUGUUUAUCAUUGAUUCUGUCAUAUUGUGUUAUUUAUACCAGGUAUGUAAAUGACACCAUGUAAGUCGUCGAUACUGGUAUAUUGUAAAAUUUAAGGUUUGUAUAUAAACCAUGUGUACCAUUGAUUCUGUCAUAUUGUUUAAGAUCAGAUAUGUAAAUGACACAAUGUAAGUCGUCGAUUCUGUCAUGUUGUAAAAUACAAUAUUUCCGUAUAAACCAUAUUUGUCUUUGAUUCUGUAAUAUUGUUGAAGACCAGGUAUGUAAAUGACACCAUGUAAGUCGUCGAUUCUGGUAUAUUGUAAAAUUCAAGGUUUGCAUAUAACAACAUGUUUAUCAUUGAUUCUGUCAUAUUGUAAAAUACCAGGUGUGUAGAUGACACCAAGUUAAUCAUUGAUUCUAUCAUUUUGCAAAAUACCAGGUAUGCAAAUAAAUAUAUUUAGCAUGUGAAAGUCACGUGAUUGAUAACGCAUUACCAUUUUUCUUCAUGUGUUUAUCAAACUUCACAUACAUGUCAAACAUGCCAUUCAUGCUUUCCCCUCAAAGUUCAAGGUCAUACAUAGAGGUCGAUUAGCUAUCACUCUGACAGGGCCUGAUCGAGCAUUUUUUGCGUUCCUACAUCCCUUGUUUUAUCAGAUGUCUCAUUUUGCACAACAGUCUAGUUCUUUCGUAACAGUUGAUUUUCAGCCCCAGUUUCUCAAAAAUUAACUAUUAAUUACUCGUUAAUUUAGUCAACCUAUUUAACCACUUUACAAUCUGUGACGGUUUAAAAUCUUAAAGCUGCACUCUCACAUAUUUAAGGUUUUGACACUCUUUUGUCCUGGAAUGAGCCAAUUUUGCGUAAAUAUCUUACUACCAGUGCUAUGCGACUGCUGACAAAAGAUCAGAUCGCAGAUUUUCAUAUUUCCGUUAGAAACAUUGACUGAAUAUUGAAACAGGAAGGUGGUCUAAUACUCCACGAAAUGAAAGACUCUGUAGUAUAUGUAACACAUUAAAAGAUAAAAAUCAUUUUCUUUUUGAAUGCAAGUUAUACGAUGAAUUACGGGUAAAAUAUAUUAAGAAGUACUAUAGAUUAAGACCGAACAUGUUCAAAUGUACUGAUAUGACACUGAAUAUACACAGCCACUCAAAUUUUAAAUAGAAUGAAACACAAAGAAUCGCAUUCAAAUAGCAUUUUGAAAAUAUUUUUUUCUUAUACAAAAUAAUAGUAUUUACAGUAUAAUUAUAAAUAUAGUUUGUUCUUUUACUGGUUAUAACAUCUGGGACCUAUCCUACUCCCAGUUAACAUUCAAUAAAGACUGGUAAUUAAUUAUUAAUAAUAACAUAUACACAUUUUAAAUUAUCCAUUUUAAUUAAUGUCAUUUAUCUCUGACUACCAUAUCCUUCAAUUCUGAAGAAUCUCAUCAUUAAAUGUUGUAUUCAAUGAUAGACAACUGUACUAAAUUCCCUUUAUCCGCUAUUAAUCAGUUUAUAACUUAUCUGAUUAUACAUCGUGAACUGAACUGUAUCUACUGUCUCGAAUUGAUAAUAAUCCUUGUUAAAACGGAAUUGCACAUAACCCUUAGUUAUCCCUGGAAUUCAAUUUUACACUUUCCGUAUUUUUGUAUCUUUUAUAUACACAUGACACUUAUUAUUUGUUGUGUUUUGAAUAAUCUUUACUUUUACACGUGAGUAAACAUCCUGAAUGUAAACACACAAUGUAACCCAAAUAAAUUCUUACGAAAAGAUGGUCGAAUAUAACUGAUUGUUAACCAGAAAUUUAUAUGAAAGAAUAAAUCAUACACUGUACAACUACUAAAUUUACAGGAAAAAUAUUUAGUAAACGUAUUUUUAGAUCAGUAAGGCACAACUUCAAUGCCGACAAAAUAAGCUAUUUAAUCGAGUCCUGUAAUAGUCUUAAGAACUUUCGCUUUCGAUUUCAAAUUUAGACUAUAGUGAAUGGGACGUUAACUUUCUUUUUCCUACGGCGUACGGUGCGGGCGGGCGUUAAGGUGGGCGGUUUCCAGUACAGUGUCCGAUCUAUAACUUAGAACCCUUUGUCCAAUCAGGUGAUUGGUAUAAGAAUCUCUUGUUUGUUAUGGUUUUUUCAUGUUUGUAAAUUAUUUACCAUGAUUAUGACUUAAAUAUUUCAAAGACUUAGUGAAGUAUAUAUAUCGAUGUGAUUGUUUCAAUCUUGAUUUGUGACACAACUAGUGUUAUAUCAUACUUGUUGAUCCCGUCUAACUAUUUGAGAAUCGUUAAUCAUAUCAUUCUUAAAUGGUUCUCCACAUACAUUCCAUGUGCUUUUUGCCUAACACUAUUUCUUCCAUUUCUAAAAAAAGCCAAAAUGAUUAUGAUUUAUCUGCUUAGACAAAAAAUAUAUACAAUUUAUUAUAAUCACGAUAAAAACAUAUCACUUAAAUGUGGCAUGACAUAAAAGGCUGUAUUGGCCAAGGUCGCUAGCAGUACACUUAGUUGGCUAAAGUCACAAAUAACAGUACACUAUUGGCCAAGGUCGCUAGCAGUACACUUUAUUGGCUAAAGUCACAAAUAACAGUACACUUUAUUGGCCAAGGUUGCUAGCAAUACACUUAAUUAGAGUAACUUAUGACAGUACACUUUAUUGGCUAAAGUCGCUAGCAAAACUUUUUAUUUGCUAAAUUCACUAGCAGUACACAAUUGGCUAUUACAUUGAAUUGACAAAUAAAAUGAUGAUAAAAGAGGUCAUUUAUUGCCAUAGAAUUGAUUUUUAAGUAAAGUGAUCAAGCUCUAUAUUUGCCAUAGGAACUAGUUUUAAACCCAUGAGUUUUGUCUUUGUUAAAGAGAUGAACACAAUGUUAAUGCCCUGUAUUUACUGUAGUAGUAGAUGCCAUUUAUACUUUGUACUUUUUUACUUUUACUUCUUGUAAAUGCUGUGGAAGUGAAAAUAAAAUAUGAACAUUGA